GGCACCAUGAUGAGCGGCUACGCGGACGGCGAGGAGGACGCGGUGGCGAUGCUGGCCCAUGACGGCGGCGGCAGCAAGGAGCCGGAGCGGGGCAAGGAGGAACUGAGCGCCGAGAAGGGCCCCGAGAAGCCGGACCCGUCGCAGAAGCCCCCCUACUCCUACGUGGCCCUGAUCGCCAUGGCCAUACGGGAGAGCGCCGAGAAGAGGCUCACGCUGUCCGGGAUCUACCAGUACAUCAUCAGCAAGUUCCCUUUCUACGAGAAGAACAAGAAGGGCUGGCAGAACAGCAUCCGCCACAACCUCAGCCUCAACGAGUGCUUCAUCAAGGUGCCCCGCGAGGGCGGCGGCGAGCGCAAGGGCAACUACUGGACGCUGGACCCCGCCUGCGAGGACAUGUUCGAGAAGGGCAACUACCGCCGGCGGCGGAGGAUGAAGCGGCCUUUCCGGCCGCCCCCGACUCACUUCCAGCCCGGCAAGAGCCUCUUCGGCCCCGACGGCUACGGCUACCUCUCCCCGCCCAAGUACCUGCAGUCCACCUUCAUGAACAACUCGUGGCCGCUGCCGCAGCCCCCCGCGCCCGUGCCCUACGCCUCUUGCCAGAUGUCCGGCGGCAGCGUCAGCCCCGUCAACGUGAAAGGACUCUCGGGCCCUGCCUCCUACGGCCCCUACUCGCGGGUGCAGAGCGUGGCGCUGCCUGGCAUGGUGAACUCCUACAACGGCGUGGCCCACCCGCACCACCCGCACGCCCACCACCCGCAGCAGCUGGGCCCGGCCAGCCCCGCGCCGCCCGCCGCCCCGGCUGCGAACGGAGCCGGCCUCCAGUUCGCCUGCGCCCGCCAGCCCGCCGAGCUGUCCGUCAUGCACUGUUCCUACUGGGAGCACGACAGCAAACACGGCGCCCUGCACUCCCGCAUUGACAUCUAGGGAGCGGGUCCCCGCCGCCGCCGCGCGACGCCCGCCCCGGCCGCGCUCUCCUCCUCCGGCCGCGGACGUCCUUCUCUCCGCGCCCGCCGCGGCGGGCGGGCAGCUCCCGGUUGGCGCGGUCUGUCCGCCAGUCCGUCUGUGUGUGUCUGUCUGUCUUCGGAGAGGCCUCGGGGUCGGCUUUUUGUCGCUUUAUUUCUGGGGGCGCG